AUGCGGUUCCUUUAUAUGACAGACGAUGGAGAAAUCGCAUGGACAAAAGAUAUCAUUCGUAGUGAGGAAAUGCCUCGCUAUGCCAUCCUGUCCCAUACCUGGGGAGAGCAAGAGGUGACCUUCGACGAUCUGAGAAGCCUGGAUAGUAUGAAGGAUAUUGAGGCCAACAAUGAAGCGAUAGCAAAGAAAAAAGAGGGUUGGGACAAGAUUCGCUUUUGUGCACAGCGUGCGAAGCAUGACGAGUUGAAAUACUUCUGGGUAGACACCUGCUGCAUCGAUAAGGCAAACAACACAGAACUCUCGGAGGCAAUCAAUUCGAUGUUCCGCUGGUAUCAGAAAUCAGAAAAGUGCUACGUCUUCCUCUCAGACGUCGAGCGCAAGUCCUCGGACGAGGACGGCAGGUCAUCUUCAAGAUGGAAGGCAGCUUUCAAGGCAAGCAGGUGGUUUACUAGAGGCUGGACCCUCCAAGAGCUUCUAGCUCCACGAUCCGUCGAAUUCUUCUCUAAAGACGGGGAAUGGCUGGGUGACAAAGGAUCGCUUAACCAAACCAUAUAUGAGCUUACGGGGAUACCUCUCACAGCUUUGCCCGGAGGCGACUUGUCCAGGUUCAAGGUUGCUGAGCGUUUUUCUUGGGCGCAGCAUCGUCAAACGACAAGAGAAGAGGACAAGGCCUACUGUCUGCUAGGUAUAUUCGGAUGCCACUUACCGUUGAUCUAUGGCGAAGGUCGAGAGAAAGCGAUGAAGCGACUAGAGAAGGAAGUGCAGGAAGCUUCAGAAAGCACCGAUGGAGCGUUGGUCAUGAAUGCCAAGAUACGCAACUGGCUUUCCGCCCCCGACCCAUCCAUGAACUACAAUAAAGCGCACAAGCAGCGGGAAGCUGAAACCGGGCAAUGGCUGCUGCGAAGUACAAAGUUGAAGAAGUGGAGGGAGACAGCGGCGUCGCGACUAUGGCUGUAUGGAAUUCCAGGUUGUGGAAAGACUGUCCUCAGCUCUACUAUUAUCGAGCAUCUGAUGCAGUACUGCCAUGACGACAUUAGCAUGGUGACGGUGUAUUUUUACUUCGACUUCAUGGAUGCGCAGAAACAGGAUCCAGAGCUGAUGAUCCGUUCUUUGUUCAGUCAGCUCCUGCACCGUUCGAUUAUGAUACCCAAGGAUCUCGACAAGUUGUUUAAAUCCUGUGGAGACGGAAGCCAACAGCCGCCACUACCCGCACUUCUGGAGGUGGCACCGCAGAUGAUACGGCAAUUCACGCAUGUUUAUAUAGCCCUGGAUGCGCUCGACGAAUGUACACAACGCCUAGAACUGAUGGACAUACUUGAAACCGUGGCUGGGUGGCAGCUUGACAACGUCCAUCUGCUUAUGACCAGCCGGAAAGAACGGGAUAUCGAGAUGUCUUUGGAAACAUUUGUACCAAAAGAUGAUACCAUUUGUCUUCAGAGAUGCGUAGUGGAUGAAGACAUAUUGAGGUUUGCUCAGCAAAGGCUGCGCGACGAUAAACGGCUAGAAAAGUGGAACAAGGACGCCUCUAUUAGACGAGAAAUCGAGACAGCACUCAGGCGUGGAGCCCAAGGAAUGUUUCGAUGGGCAGCCGCUCUCGGUCGGAGAGAUCGCUGA